AUGGUCAAAAUUAAACUAAAAAUAGCUAUAGUUCAAUUAAAUCCUCAAAUCAAUCAGAUAGCAAAUACUGAAAAUAGAGCAAUUAAAUUAUUAAAUAAAUUGAAAGUACACAAUUUGACACCCCAAUUAAUCAUUUUCCCAGAGUUUGGGCUAACUGGGUAUAAUUUCCAUUCAAAAGCUCAAAUUGAGCCAUAUACAACCUUUAAUAACAAAGGAUAUAAUUAUGACUUUGCUAAGAAAGUUUCCAAUGAAUUUCAAUGUUAUACUAUAUUAGGGUAUCCUGAGAAGUUUAUCUCCAAAGAAACUAAAAAACUUUCACUUUAUAAUUCUACCAUGGUUAUUAAUGCUGAUGGAAAGUUGGUGCACAAUUAUAGAAAAUCGUUUUUGUACGAUACCGAUGAAGAGUGGGGAUGUGAAGAAAACCCAAUUGGUUUCAAUAAGUUUGAACUAGAGUUCCCCGUAUCACAGACCACUGCUGGUGCUAGCGCUAAUCGUAACAAAGUGAAGGUUCCAUCUGCUAUUGGUAUAUGUAUGGAUUUGAAUCCUUAUAAAUUUGAGGCACCCUUUAACGAUUUUGAAUUUUCCAGUUUUGUAUUAGAUAACAAAGUCAAAUUAAUUAUUUGUCCCAUGGCUUGGUUGAAUUCUUUGUCAGUUACUAAAAGAGAACAAGCAAGCGAUAUAGCAAUAAAGGAGAAAUUACAUGAAAUAACAAAACUGAAAAAGGAAAUGCCUUUUCUUUGCAAACCAUCAGAAAAUGAUAAAUAUAGUAUAAAUUUGGACAAUUCAUCAACAACACCAAGAAAGGAAUCCUGUGAAAAUACUGAAGGACCUGCAUUUCGUGAUUUAAAUAAGCCUGAUAUGGAAAACGUUAACUAUUGGAUUUUAAGAUUUACACCUUUACUAAAUAUCAACUAUCGAGCAAAAUGGUGGAAACAAUUGAAAGAUAUUUUCGUGGAGAGAGGUUCUAAUAAUGAGAUAUCUUCAUCGAUUUUAGGAGUCACCAAAGAAAAACCUUGGGGUUUCCAAGACUCAAAUGCAAUUUUGUGCAUGAGCAAUAGAUGCGGUAUUGAAGAAGACAACACAGUUUUCGCUGGAAGUUCGGGUAUAUACAAAUUUAACGGUAAGGAUUUUACUAAUGAAGAAAGCACGCCUUUAACGUUGGACAGUUCAAAUCCAAGUGUUGAAUUAUUGGGAAACUUAGGUAAAGGCGAAGAGGGCAUUUUAUAUAGAGAGGUAGAGCUGGAAUUAUGA